ACUCUCUUCCCAACAAUCCUCUCCUGCCACUCAAGGUCACUAGCCCUGACAACGCAAGAUCUGCUUCAGCAACCUUUGAUCGACUAACCUGGUAGGGUCGACGACCGCAAAACACUCUGAGACUGUUCACGCAGGACACCUCGGUCAUCAUCACCAUGUGCUUCUUUGAUAUGUACAAGUUCAGCUGCGGCGAUUGGAAAUGGGGCAACUUCCGUCAACAUUGUCAGCGCGAAUACCGGACUGGUGAAACUUGCGGCACGAAGCUUGUCUUUCAGACCAUAAACCAGCCAGAAAAGUGCCAAUUCUGCGAGAGGAUUGAACGCAAGCAGCGACGCUACGAGAAGGCCGCCAGCGAUGUUAAGCGCUGGCAAUGCGAGCCGCAGAAGUACCGCUGCUCCAUCGAGAAGGCGAUGACAGACAUGAGCACGCUUGCGCAGGAGAUAGCCAGCAUUGUGAACGAGAAGAACGCCAGAUACGUCAACAUCGGCAACACUCGGCGCAAUGGUCAUCGCUAGAAGGGAUUGGAGGAUGUUCACCAGUCGUUUCCGGCUUGUUUUCGACGACGGUUUGAUGCUUUGACGUUUACGGCCUUUGACUUUCGCUGUGCAUUGACGGUGCUAUUCUUCUCCGGUUUCACAUAGUCUUUAGGAAACGAUGAAUACUUU